AGCACAGUUUGUGUUCUCUAUUAUUUCGUGGUAUAUUAACGCUCGCUAUCAAACGGACAGAACUCAGUGUCUACUAACGCUCCCUUCCAGUUGCACACAACAAAGCUCUCUCGAGACGCUGUCCAGCUAGUGUUCUAUAGGAUCCUUGUGCACGCGCGCGGAUUUUUUGGCAGGUCCAAAUUUGCAAAUCCGGAGGCUUUGUUACCGCUGAUUGAAUCUACGUGCGCGUGAUUUUCGUAUUAUUUCCCUUUGAAAGUGACACCGCCGCCGCCGAGGUUGCUAGCGAUCCAUUUCUAUGCGACAAGGGCAGAGUGAUAAGCGCAAACUAUAGAGUGAUUAAUUUUUAUCACUUACCGUGCUCUUGGAAAGCUUUUAUGACACACGAUUAGUGGUUUUUGUGUGGGAAUGAUCGCUGCCUUUUCUGCCAGUGAGGUGCCAAUAAAAAAUUGGAAUAUUGUCUGUGAUUGUGCUUGGACUACCUUCGAUCGAUAAGUGAUUCUAUCGGUUAUUAGUGAUUAGCGAUAAGUGACCUGCAAGGUACUUCAUGAAACGACACUACUUUGUUCAGCAAAUGAAUAACCAGCAGCGAAUGGCUCCCGUGGGAGUUUGUACGAUAAGCUCUUCCGUUUCUGCUGCUGCCGCUGAGGAUAUCUCCAAAGGUGGAGGGACGGCCAACGCUGGGUACGGUGGAACUGGUGAUGCUGAUCAGAGUCCCCCGGACUACGGGAUUGUGAAUAUCUACCAGAAAUCUGGUGGUGAUUUGAACAGCUUCGGUGGGAAGGGUAAGAGUUUGUAUGAAGGUAGCCACGAAAAGAGUGAAAGUGAAAAGGGUGGCAACAGUGCAGAUGAAGACAGCGACAUCAUCACGGAGUACAUAGGACAUUAUGGGUUGUGGCAGUUCUACUGGACGUUCCUGCUGUGUUUGUUCCAGAUUCCGACGACAUUCCACAUUUUUUGUCUGGUCUUUCAGGCCGCAAACCGCGACUUCUGGUGUGCCCGCCCAGCGCACCUCCGCUCGAUACCGCUCGAGCUAUGGCGCAAUCUAACGCAACCCAACGGGGGUCAAUGUUCGCUUCUGAACGCACCCUACCAGCAGCUAACCGAGCUGAACUUUACCGACUACUUCGGUUCGGUGAACGGGUCCUCACUGGAUCUUGUCAGUUGCCAGGGGUACGAGUUCGAUUCCCGUAUUUUCGGCCAGACAGUUAUCACCGAGUUCGGGCUGGUGUGUGACCGGGCGCAUAUGAUGAGCAUCGUCGAGAUGUGCUUUCUGGCGGGAGCGGCGAUGGGUGCCGUGGGGAGCGGUUGGAUCUCGGAUCAAUUCGGUCGACGACAUACGCUGAUGUGCUUUGCGCUGAUUCAGGCCGUUACAGGCUUCCUUCUCGGGUUCGUUACCUCGCUGGAACUCUACAUGACCCUCCGUGUGAUCAUCGGUUUCGCGUCCAUGUCUGUAGCCGUGGUAAGUUUCGUGCUGGUUGUCGAGCUGGUCAGUGGAAAAUACCGCACAAUCAUCGGUAUCCUCAACAUCCUCCCGGUUGCCAUCUCCUACGUCCUGGCGGCCGGAAUAGCUUUCUUCACUCGCGAUUGGCGACUCAUGCAGUUUAUCAUCACUAUCCCCGGUGCAACUCUACUGCUCUUAUGGUACUGGUGCCCGGAAUCUCCCCGAUGGUUACUAGCCAAAGGACGGGUUGAGGAACUGAAGGCCAUCAUCGACAUAGCUGCCAAAGUCAAUGGAUUCAAGCUACCGUCAGGCUAUGAGAAAACACUUCAAACGCCUGACUCGGAAAGCAACGAAGAUGUAGUGUCCGUUUUUGACCUGUUCCGAAUGAAAUUCCUUCGAACUACGCUGUUAAUGUUGGUCGUUUGGUUCGGUAUCGUUCUGAUCUACUUUGGAAUUACACUGCACCUCGGAAAUCUCGGAGGUGACAUCUAUCUGAACACUGUCCUCGCCGGCAGUGUUGAAUCGAUUGCAAUCUGCCUUAGCAUCGUGGUCGUGCUGAAGCUCGGAUUACGUGUUAAUUUAUUCCUCUACAUGGUCGUCGCUGGCAUCUCGUGCAUCUUGAUGAAUUUUAUCCCGGACGGGAAUCUGUGGGUGAUUAUCACGCUUGCGAUGAUAGUCAAGUGUUCGGUAGGGGCGUGCAAUGCUAUCAUUCCGACGUUUACAGCCUACCAAUAUCCAACCACCAUGAGGAACCUCGGGGUCGGAGCUGGAAACUUUGCCGCCGGCGUAGCGCUCAUCAUUGUGCCGUACCUGUGGUUGCUGGAACACGUUGACCAGUAUCUUCCCAUUACGGUGAUGGGAGUGUGCAGCAUAAUUGGUGGGCUGUCGCUAAUCGCACUCAAGGAUAAACUCAGCAAGAAGCACCAACGCCAGCGAAGUGACAGCGGAAGUGUGGGUAGCGUGGUGAGCAGUGUCACGCGGUCCACCGACGACGAUACGAGGCGCAUUGACAAACACUUCCCGCGGGACAAUUCGGAAAAUGGACUGAGCAACAUUGGAUUUACUCAGAACGAGAGCAUAUUUCUAUGAGAGCGAGCGCUGAGACGUCAUGCCAGUUGGUCCCAACCGUCUGCUUUGAACCUCAUACAAAAUAGGAAUACGAUAAGAGAGGGGUCCGGCGUGCAUUCAGAUGCCGAUUGAUGAAAGAGUACAAGAAACUUAAUUUUAGUGUGUACACGACGAAGCAUAUCGAACAUUAUUGAUGACUAUGUAGGUAAACACACACACCGGCUGGAUCCAAAUCGAUUGUCCACUGCUGCGGACCGAUGAAAGUGCAGGGCACGUAAGGCGAGCGUGAGUGGACAGUAGCAUAUAGUACACUGCCUGCUGGUGUGCUCGCGGAUCGGUUAAUCUAAUUAGCGUGGUAGGUAGCAGUUACGAGAGUAUAUGUAGGAUGUAUGUUUCAGCUACAGGUAGUACAUGUGCAAAUUGGUAGUAGAUACUGCAUGGCUCGGUUCUUCGAAAUAAGUAUCUUUUUGUUUUGACCAGGCAAUUCAAACCCGAUAUUAUAUGAACGUAAAGCAUACGCUAGGAAAUCCCGAAAACUAGGGUCUGAGCUAAAAUUGGAUGAUAAUGAAAAUAAUAGCUAUUGCAUAGGAUUAGUAGCACUCACUCAAGUAUUAUGUUUGCCAAGUAUAGUGCCUUUAGUAUCACGUCGUCAGACAGUAUUGUUGUAGAUAUUACUAAGCUGUAUUAUAAGUUAUUUGAUUUAAAGUUUUACAAUAAAAUCAACAGGAUUAU